AUGCGCACAGAUUGGGAAAGAAGGACUCCAGCCUAUUUUCACAGCGAAAAAUAUAAAGCUAAUACAAAUUCCCUUAGUUUUAGUCAAGAAAUUCCAUGAGAAAUCGGCGAAGUAAUAAGAGGCAAAUACAGAAUUGGUAGAAUCCUAGGUGAGGGAACAUUUGGUGUUGUGAUGGAAGUUAUAGACGAAGAAGACAAAUCAUCAAAAGCCGCCAAGGUGGUAAGACCUGACCCAAUUUAUAUAAAUGAAGCAAAAAUUGAAGCAGAAACUUUACGAAAAAUGUGCGAGCUUGACCUUAAAAAUUCGUCACAUAUCGUAAAAAUUCUGGACGCGUUCUUACAUCAAAGGCGCUAUUGUAUUAUAUUUGAAAAAUUGGGGAAAAGCUUGUACUCAGUUUUAGAAAAAAAUCAUUUCAAAGGAUUUAGAAUUCGAGAAAUCAGAGAGUUUAGUAGGCAAUUGCUGGAAGCGUUGAACUUUUUACAUAGUAAUGGAUUAACGCAUACAGAUUUAAAGCCGGAAAAUAUUUUAUUAGUAAAUGACACAUUGAGGUAUUCGAGGAAGCAUGUAAGAUAUAUAUAGAGAGCAUAUCAAGCAGUAAGCACUGAUAUUAAAUUAAUAUAAUUUAUUAAAUUAAUGUUUGCGAUAUGUAAAAUUGGUAGAUUUUUUUAAAAAAAAUAAUAUAGCAUAGGAACGAAAAUAGAUUGUCCUGGGUAUGAUGUGGCCAAGUUUGUUUUCUAGCUCGAGCUGAACGAUACAACUCAGGGAGUUGAUGAAUAUGUCAGAUAUUAUGCAUUGUCAACUCCCGUGUUGGUUCAUCAAUUUGAGUUUGAGGAAACUCAGAGCUUCCCGGCCAUUUAAUAGCCCGGGCGAGCUAUUAUCAUUCCUGAAAUAUAUUGAUAACUUUAUAAGGUAAAUUUAAUAUACCUACUUAUAGUGAUAUAUAAUUAUAAAUAUCCCAUCCUAUAUUCAUAUAGUAAAUAAUGCUUUCAUUUAUUGUAAACAGGUAUAUAUAAUAUCAUAGACUUUGGGGGAGCAACUUUUGAAGAUGACUUUCAUCCAACUAUAAUUUCUACCUGCCACUAUAGAGCUCCUGAAGUUCUUAUGCAGUCCGAGUGGUCUAUGAGUUCAGACAUGUGAUCAUUGGGCUGCAUCUUAUUUGAGCUUUAUACUGGAGAAAUGCUAUUUCCAACUGAAAAUGAAAGAUUGCACCUCGCGAUGAUGGAGAAGCUCUUUGGAAGAAUUCCUAUUAAGAUGGUCAAAAACUGUGGAAAAAACUUCAAAAGAUAUCCUAUAAAUAAUUAACUAUAAGAAAAACCUGCUUUAUAUUAAAACAGACUUUAAAAUUUUUUUUAUCAGAUAAUUUAAUAUUAAAAAAUAUAUUUUGAUAGCCGAAACCAAUUAAUUUGGCCUGAAUCAAGCACUUCAAACGAAGACAUCCGACUUGUGGAGGAGACGGUUUUAAUUGAGGAUAUGAUUCCUGAUAAACACUCAGAGUUCAAAGAUUUUGUUUUAUCUAUGCUGAAAUACAACUCAGAACUACGGCCAAGUCCUUCCCAGGCCCUGAGGCAUUGCUUUAUAAUUGGAUAA